AAAAUGGAGGGAAACAAUUUAUUCUUAAUUCUCUUAAUUUCCACAUUCAGUUUACAUUUACUGAUCGUGGGCAGUGUUGCCUCUCAUUCCCCCUGCAUCAUGAAUAGCAGUGGCAGAAAGAAUAAAGUGAAAAGGGAUCCUCACGGUGGUAAUUACAUAAUGGACUGUGCGAGCUUCACCACAACCUACGAAUCCUUCAUCCCCCUGGUAGACCGAGCCUACUGGAUCAAAGCGAGCAAGGACGAGGGCUUCCAAGAGAGAAUCUCCCUCUCAAUGUACCGUUACUACAUGAUCCAGCAUUUAUACGCUCGUCUGGCCCAAAUUCGCGUUGCAAAGGGUCUGGGUGACGAAGAGGAGAAGCAAUUUGCGAAGCAUGUUUACGGAGUUGCGUCCUGCGUUCCCUACAGUGUCUUCAUUUUCCUGUACAACCUGGGGGACUUGCAGAUAACACCACGAUCCGGGGAUCGCCAGUUCUUCGAGUACUCGGUGAUCAUGUGGCCGAACGAGGAGGGCCACUUCGGCCGGGUUGACAGCUCAAACCACUGGAAGUACAUGUCCUUGCCAGCUCCUGCUGUUGUCGCCCAGGCAAUUCAGGAAGAUCUCGCCUAUACUAGAGACACUGCUGGGAAUCCCCACUGGGACUUGCCCCCGGAGCUUGCGCCGUUCACCACAGAAGCUCAUCCAGGACUACCAACUGCCAAUCUCCUCGGCUGGAUGCCGGCAACUCCGCUGACUCACGCCCAACGAAACAUCCUUCACUCAUCCGGGAUAAGGGAAAAUAAUUUUGACGUUGUCUACCCGCGAUUCAUGUUCAAUGCAAAGCUCUUAGAGAUUCUUCACGCCUACUUCAAAGCCUCCACGCAGAUCACGAUGAACAUCAAGUCGUUUUACGAGGACAAACUCCAGCACUUUGGGGGGCCCGAACAGCUCGGCUGGCUGGAGCGUAAGGUCGAGGCACAUGCCCCAUUCAGCAGAUCUAUCUCCUACGUCGAGAAGAAUGUCGUGGGUAAACUCCAUCCGCUGCAGAUCAAGGCAGCGGACAAUGUCGAAUUUUCCCUGAUUCUUGGGCUCAGGGUGAAGAAGCACACGGCUGCUGUCAAUGAUUGGGCGGUGUAUGAUUGGCAGGGAUAUGAACGAGUUCCGGACACCUGGAUCAAGACGAGGAAUUCGGUUUUUGAAUUUGGAGAUCUUUGGGAUGUCAAUGGAACGACCAUCGCGGUUUCUCAGGAGAGAGACGGAAUCAGGAUGAGAUUCGUGGAUAAGAGUUUUAAUCGUCUUAAUUAUCCCGGUGGAGAAUGAUAUCGUAUAUUUAAGACAAUUCAAUGUAUCAUAUUUUGAGGAAUAAUAACAACAUAAUAGGA